CAAUCAAUUAAUUAGCCAAUCCAAAACCUACGAAGUAGAAAUGAAAUUGUUUUGUGAGACUGAUACUGGUGAUAUAACGGGCAAAAUCGUCAACCAGGAAAAACCUCGUCUGUUUGUUGUCAAGCAAAUACAGCAGACCCUUAACCACUUCAACAAUUAUGAAUACCACCAACAGCCCCCACGCUAUUCGGCUAUUAAAAUCAGAGGCAAAAAAUUAUAUCAAUAUGCCCGCCAAAAUAUCCCUGUUGAAGUCCCUCUUCGUCUAGUAAAAAUCAAAAAAAUAAAAUUGCUGAAUUAUUCACCAGUUGAAGAAAAAAUAAAAUUAGUAGUCAAAUGUAGCAAAGGCACUUAUAUUCGUAGUUUGGUCAAGGAUAUAGCCGAAAAAUUGGGAACCAUUGCCACUGUAAGCCAAUUAAGGAGAAUUAGUUCCGGUAAUUUUCAUAUUAACCAGGCUCUAAAAUUAGCAGAAGUAAAAGCCGAGAAAAUAAUUUUGUGA